CGUACACUCAGGCCCUGCCAUACAUGGAUCGGUUGGACUACGUGUCGAUGAUGUGUAACGAACAGUGCUAUUCACUCGCCAUCGAGAAGAUGUUGGGACUACAGGUGCCGAAGAGGGCUCAGUAUAUUCGGGUCAUGUUUGGCGAAAUUACCCGUAUUUUGAAUCACUUGAUGGGUAUCGGAACCCAUGCCCUCGAUAUCGGAGCCCUCACACCAUUCUUCUGGCUCUUUGAGGAGAGAGAAAAAUUAAUGGAGUUUUACGAGAGGGUUAGCGGCGCUCGUAUGCACGCGGCGUACGUCAGGCCGGGAGGUGUGGCUCAAGACUUGCCAAUCGGUAUUAUGGACGACAUCUACCGUUGGGCCGAACAGUUUCCCGAACGGGUGGAUGAAGUGGAGGACCUGUUGACUGAUAACCGCAUUUGGAAGGCCCGUACCGUUGAUAUCGGUGUGAUAUCGGCUGAAGACGCGUUGAAUUGGGGAAUGAGUGGUGUUAUGCUUCGCGGGUCGGGAAUCAAAUGGGAUUUACGCAAAACCCAGCCCUACGACAGUUACGAGGACUUUGACUUCGAUAUACCCAUUGGUCUAAACGGCGAUUGUUAUGACAGAUACCUGUGCCGUAUAGAAGAGAUGAGACAAUCGAUAAACAUUAUAAUUCAAUGUCUGAACCGUAUGCCCGCCGGUGAGGUCCGCAGCGAUGAUAACAAAGUGGUUCCUCCGACUCGUGCGGAAAUGAAGUCAUCGAUGGAAGCGUUGAUACAUCACUUCAAACUGUUCACCGAGGGCUACAAUGUGCCCGCAGGCGCCACAUAUACGGCCAUUGAGGCACCGAAGGGCGAGUUCGGCCUCUAUAUGGUGUCCGACGGCUCGUCCCGACCCUAUCGGUGCAAAAUCAAAGCGCCCGGAUUUGCCCACUUGUCCGCACUCGACUACAUGGGCCGCGGCCUACUGUUGGCCGACAUUGUGGCCAUUAUCGGCACAAUGGAUAUCGUGUUUGGCGAAGUGGAUCGUUAGGUUCAUAG